UUGUGCGGUGGUGGUUUCGGGACGGGUGCAGCGUGAGUUCAGUGCUGCUCACAUGGAGAGCGCUUUUCCAUAUUCUCUGUUUCCUAGUUUCUAUACUCCCGGCCCCUCCAUCAGCAACCCUCGGGACCUAGGGGGCUGGGGCAAGUACGAGCAUGUCCAGCCGUUCUGUGUGGAGACCGGGGAGCAACAGGAAACAGAAUUGAAAUGGUCAGCCCUGAAAAACCUGAAGCAAGAGAGUUGGGAACCAUUGGAACCUGUUGCAGUUCCACUGCUUCCAGCCAAAACAGUUUUCAAGUUUCGUCCAGUGAGCCUGGAAGAACUUACUUACACUGGGAGGAUAAUGACAACUGGAGGAAGGGGUGAAAUGACAAUGCGUCCACUUAACUUCACGGAACAGAUGGCUAACUUCUUUCUUGAUCAACCUGAUGAUGCCUUCAGUUCAAUGGGCAAACUUCUAGAGGAGAACUUUUACUUUGGAGAAUCUGUCCUCAGGGGAAAGGCAAGACAGACAGCAAUAAGUGUAAACCAUCUGAAGAAAUUUACAGAGCAAGUACGAAGGAGAGAAUGUCCACUUCCUUGUCAGAGUAAGCGAGCAAGACUUUUAAAUCUCUUGUUGCGGGAGUCUGUUUUUGAUAUCCCACCAAACUUGCUGGCAGAAAAUAUCCAUGAAGAAAUGAAGACCCAAAGAAACAAACUUCUAUUUGAUCAUUCUGCCACUGGAGGUGCCCUGGUGUACUGUCCUUUCUCUAAAGAAGCCCAUUUAGAAGAAGGAUGUCUGAUCUAUCCUGGCAGUGAGUCCAUGAGCACGCUCAAUUUUCGCAAAAUCAAAUUAGGUUUUGAUGAUGAUAAAAUGCCAAAAUUGAAUGUGAAGUUUAAACCAGCGAAGUUUAUAUUGAAUGGUAGAAUCCAUCAAAUAGAUUGCAGUACUGUGGAAGAAGAAGUUUUUGUAGGGGUUCGGUCUGACUAUUAUUGUGGAGUAUGGAAGCUCUCGCAGGAAGUGAAUCCAUCUGUCCUACAGGUAGUUCAGGUGGACAAUAUGGCUACCUGCAUUAACGUGAGCCCUCAUAUUCCUGGAGAGCUGGUGAUUGCCAAUGAGUGUGGAGCUGCCUACCUCUGGAUUCUGGACAAAGGCCUUCAGAAAAUUCGAAAGGAAACUGACAACCUUUACUUCAAUGCUCAGUUGCCUUGGAGAUGGUGCGAUUUCACAGCUCACCCACGGGUCUAUAUGUAUGCUGACAGAACUGGGCUUGACUUAACUGAUGUGAGGGCUGGAGAGACCUGUAACCAAACCUUGUUUAAGAUAGGAGCGGCUGCUGACUGCCAUAAAGGGGAACGCGUGAUUCUUCCCAAACAUCUACGAGAUGUAAAUCCAUACCAUCAUCUUAUUACUACCCAGUUUUCUGCCUACAUUGUAGAUGAACGAUUUCCUACUGUGCCUGUCCUAAAGUGGGCCCACAUGCUGGAGUCACCACCAAUGUUUGCACAAGUUGAAAGUGGGGCAGCCAAGAACAGAACAAACAAGAUCGUCCUGGGAACGCAACGUACACAGGAAGUGUUACUUCUGCAGUAUUCAGGUGGGAUGCAGCUUCCUUGCCAGUCAUUUGGUCCACCACAAAAACUCUCCAGUAUUUACGAUAUGAUGCAACACACACCGGUCAGGUUACCUCAGCGACAUGAAGUGGUUGCUGAGAGACUUCACUCUGCUGGAGCAGGACUUGCAACACUUUACCAUUGUCGUGGUAAAAAGUCCCUGACUGUGUUUCAGCUCUCUGCAGUGGGCGACUUGUUUUACCAGAUGCUAAUUCAUAAGAAUUCAUCAGCCAGUCGAAAAAUCGUGACAGGAGUUAGAGUUGGAUGUGAUCAUGAACCAAAUAACUUUGUUUUGAGUGAAGGGAUACAAUCAUCAAACCGUUGUAUAGAAGCUCAGAAUGGAGGAGCAGAUUUGGCACAAGGAGAAAGUGAACGACCAGAAGGAAACUCUUCACUAAAUGGAGUGGAUGAACAAAGAUUGCAAAGCACUAAUAGGCACUCAACACCCAGUUGUGCUGUUCUUGCCACAUGUCGAAGGUGGAUGAAUUCGUUUGUGAAAAAACAAAAGAAGUUUCAAAGUGAUUCCAAUAUGCUCCACAAACGAACUGUCUUCAGUACAAAGCGUCUAUUUUCCCGUAAAAUAUUUAACAAGGGCAAAGAAUCAACUGAUACAUGCAGAGAAAUGUGGGAUAAAAUGAACGCAGUUAUGAAAAAGAAGCAAGUACUUUGUAACAGUACUUUUCCAAUACUGGAUCCUGUUAGUGUCCCAGAGGCUGUGGAUCCCUCAAUGUGGAGAGAUGAACUAAGUGAAAGACUUACAGCUGCGUGGAAAGGGAAGUGGAGUGAGUGGUGGGAAGAGAAGUUAGGUGUGAACCGGGACAAGAAAAUCCAAGCGCUGCGUGCAAAAAGACGACGUGAAAAAUUAGCUAGAGCAGGGCAACGGAGAGAGCUUUCAGGGAGCUUCACAUCCUCAGUGUCUGGCUUGUCUGAUUUCAGUGAAUUUUCAGAUUGGAGUAGAUCCUCGGUUACGGAUUUGGAACACAGUGAUUAUUUGUCUGGUACAGAAAGUAAUGUUGUAACUAAUAAAUCAACUGAUGUAGAACAAACAGUUAGGACAGUUACUGAAGAGCCUCAACAAGAAAAGGAACCUCACUCCAUUGUGUCUGUAGUAGAAGAAAGCCAGACACCAACACCAAUUUUUUCACAAGAAAUACAGUUGGCCAAUAUUCCCAAGGAGCGAAAAAGAAUUCUUCAAAAUUACUUGGCUGCACUGGAUGACCAUCUACCCCAACCUUCUCAAGGGGAUGAUGAAAUAGACCUGUCAUUACCAUUAGCUACCUCCACACAGAUGUCUUUUGCUGAUUCUUCACAAGUGACAUCUACUUGUGAAAUGUCCUGGCGUCCAUCCUCUCAGCGUCAGUUCGGACAAUCUCAGCCAAAAAAGAAAAGGGCCAGGAUGGGUUUUUAAGAAUUCAAUACCAAAAAUAUUGAACUAUCGUUCUGGAAAGAAUUGGCUUCCGUUUACCUUGAUCAAAUAUAUUGACUUUGGCCAACUGACCUUACUUGCAAAAUAAUUGUUAAUUCCUGUGUGGAAAUUUCCAGUACAAAAUUGAUCUUGUUUUCACCUAAAUAUAGUAAAGUAUUAAAUUUAUAUUCAAAAAAACAUAUUUAUUUAUAAAAAUAAGCAAUGGUUAAAUUAGUGCCAAACCAGGUUUUUAUUGAGUUGUAUGACUGGCAUGCCAUCUGAAUGUUCUCUGGCUUAUGAUAAAAAGCAUACAAAUUUGGAAAAUGAAGUGUGAAAUAUUUUACUACAUAUUUUCUAAAAUCUGUAUGCAAGUACAAACUGUUUUCCCUUAUUAAUGUUUCCUUAUUUGCAAUAAAAACUCAAACUGUUAAAUCAAAA